UCUUGGUAUAUUAUAAUUAAUAUACUCGCAUUUCGUUGUCUUUUAAAAGACUAGUAUAAAUCUCCAUACAGCCCGAGUAAAUCUCCCGUAUAGAAAAAGAAUCAACCCGAGUAAAAGAGAACGUCUCCAUAAAAAAUUAUAUUAUAGACUAGUCUGUCUUGUUGGGGUGUUCUUUAGAGAAUGACUCUUGCGGUAUCUGCGGCUGUCGGGUUUCGAAGAUUCGCGAUCACCCAUUUCUCACAUAUGGUAUCAACCACUCCACGGUCUAGAAGAAUUGCACCAUUAGGCUGCCAAAAGCUUCCUCUCACCUCACUCUCUCGCAGUAUCUUUUCGUUUGGCUCGUUGCCCUGGCUAGCUCUUCCUCACCUAAACCCCCGGAAGUUAUAUUCAGACGCAUCAACCGUAAGAUCAUCAUCAUCGCUCAUCGAUCCUAAAAACGGUUUCUGCAGUGCAAACUCGACAUUCUACAGUAAACGCAAGGCAUUGCCACUUGCACCAAACUCCUCGCUUGACGUCACCUCUUUCAUCUCCUCUCAACCUCACCGUGGCACCACCGCCUUCAUCGACGCUGCCACGGGCAAGCGUAUAAGCUUCUCUGAUCUCUGGAGAGCCGUCGAUCGUGUCGCCGACUGUCUCUAUCACGACAUGGGCAUACGGAGAGGCGACGUCGUACUCAUCCUCUCUCCCAACUCCAUCUCCAUCCCCGUCGUCUACCUCUCCGUCAUGUCACUCGGCGCUGUCGUCACCACCGUGAAUCCUCUGAACACAGCCCAUGAAAUCUCCAGACAGAUCGCAGACAGCAACCCGAAGCUCGCCUUCACAACUCCCGAUCUGGCUCCCAAACUAGCCGCCUCCGCCGAUAUCUCCGUUGUUCUCACGGAGGACGAGGACGGCCAGGAGCGCGUGGGAUCCACUCUCGGGGUCCGGGUCGUUGGGAGUGUAAGCGAGAUGAUGGAAAAGGAACCGAGUGGGCGGCGAGUCAGAGACCGAGUUGACCAGGACGAAACGGCGAUGCUUCUCUACUCAUCGGGAACCACAGGACGAAGCAAAGGAGUGAUAUCAUCCCACGGAAACUUAAUCGCGCACGUGGCGAGAUUCAUCGUGGAGCCAUUGGAGCCAAAUCAGACCUUCCUCUGCACCGUUCCGAUGUUCCACACCUACGGGUUAUUAAACUACGCCUUGGCCACCGUAGCUUUGGGUUCGACGGUGGUGAUUCUCCGGAAGUUCGAUCUCCACGAGAUGAUGGCGGCGGUGGAGAAGUACAGAGCCACGAGUCUGGUUUUGGUGCCGCCGAUUUUGGUAGCUAUGAUCAACGGCUCAGAUCUGAUCAAGGCCAAGUACGAUUUGACCUCACUGAAAACGAUUAGAUCCGGUGGGGCCCCGUUGAGCAAGGAAGUUACGGAGAGGUUUUUAGAAAAAUAUCCAACGGUUGACAUUUUUCAAGGGUACGCUUUGACGGAAUCGAACAGCUCAGGCGCUUCGACGGAUUCGGUGGAGGAAAGUCGGAACUACGGUACGGUGGGGUUGUUGUCGUCCGGUGUGGAAGCGCGGAUUGUGGAUCCGGAUACGGGUCGGGCCAUGGGUGUGAAGGAAACGGGCGAGUUGUGGCUCAAAGGUCCCGCCAUUACAAAAGGUUAUUUUAGAAACGAAGAAGCCACAAAAGAAACUAUUAACCCAGACGGAUGGCUAAAAACUGGAGACCUCUGCUACGUCGACAAUGAAGGGUUUCUUUUUAUAUUGGAUCGAUUAAAAGAGCUAAUCAAAUACAAAGCUUACCAGGUCCCUCCAGCUGAACUAGAAGCUUUGUUGCUCACUCAUCCGGAAAUCGCUGAUGCUGCAGUCAUCCCGUUUCCGGACGAAGAAGUAGGGCAAAUUCCGAUGGCGUACGUUGUAAGGAAAACAGGAAGCUUCUUAUCGGAAAAUUCAGUGAUGGAGUUUGUAACAAAACAAGUAGCACCUUACAAGAAACUACGAAAAGUGGCUUUCGUGUCUUCCAUACCAAAAAAUCCUUCAGGCAAGAUUCUGCGCAAGGAUCUCAUAAAACUCGCAACUUCCAACUCUUAAGCUUUAAAUUUUUAGCAAGACUUUCAAUUAACGAGAGCCAAUCUCCAUGUCUACUUAUCAGAUUUGCCACCUUUGUGGAACAACAUAAAAAAAUAAAAAGUAAAUAAUUUCCAUUCAUAUGGAUAUAUAAUCGAAAAAGUAAACAAAUAUGACUGACAUAGAGGAUUAACGCGAACAGAUAUACAUUUGGGUCGGAUGAACCGAUAGUGAAUGCUUACAUGUGAUUAUCGGACUCUAUAUUCAAAAUAUAUAUAUACAUCAAAAAUAAAACAAAAAAUGUUGAUAACAUGUCG